AAUUUCUUGACCGAAAUCAGAUCAAACUGCUUAUGUUGUACAAGCAUGGUGCGAGGGGUGUGAACUUGGGUUAGGACAGGGGUGCACAAUGCAUGGCAUGAGCCCACCACUUCCUAUAUAGCCACAAGAACAACUCUGAGAACUCCCACCAUUCCCUGUAAGUUAGAGAUCCUUUACAGACCAAGAAGGAAUCAAAAACCUCUGUUCAACAUGAAGCUCUUCGGCACUAGUAACGCUCUUCCACUAAUGUGCAUGCUGGUGAUGGCAGGGCUGGUAGAACAUGGCAUGAGCCAUACCUGUGCCAGCACUUUCUUCUCUGCUCUUGUGCAGCUGAUACCUUGCCGGGCAGCGGUUGCCCCAUUUAGCCCCAUCCCCCCAAGCGAGGCGUGCUGCAACGCUGUGAAGAACCUUGGGCAGCCUUGCUUGUGUGUGCUUGUCAAUGGCCCACCCAUAUCUGGGGUUGACAGGAACAUGGCUAUACAGCUUCCUGAGAAGUGCACGGCAAACUUUGAGCCAUGUGAAAUUCAGGGGUAAGACUUGAGCUUGAUAAGAGCUGAGCUGGGAAGACCUUCGCAAAUAAAAGGGUGUGGAGAACUCUUGGGGUGCUUUUAGUUUCUAUGAUAUGAUUGCUGAUGCUGAUAAUAAUAAGAUUGUAAUGAGAUUAGCUUAUUAGUCGAGUCUGUUUGAGCAAUGUCCUUAAUUUUCUUUUGCUUCUUCUUUUGGCAUGUUAAAAUUUAUUGCAGCAAUAUAUUUGUUGUUAAAUUGCUCCUUUCUCCCCAAGAGAUGCAUAACCCUGUCUUUU